AAUUACUUUAAUGCGGCAUUGCUUUCUAGUACCAAACAUGGUGGAGGCCAGCGAUGGGAGCAUGGAGGAGAAAGUCAUCAACGAGGAGUACAAAAUCUGGAAAAAGAACACCCCUUUCUUGUAUGACAUGGUGAUGACACAUGCCUUGGAAUGGCCAAGCUUAACAGUACAGUGGUUACCAGAUAUACAGAAGGCGGAAAAUGGUGACUACACUACACAGCGGCUGAUUCUUGGAACUCAUACAUCAGACGAGCAAAAUCACUUGCUAAUCAGUAAGAUCCAGCUGCCCACUGAUGACGCUCAAUUUGACGCUUCUCGAUACGAUACUGAAAAAGGAGAGUUCGGUGGUUUUGGCGCCAUUACUGGUAAGGUUGAAACGGAAAUCAAAAUCAACCAUGACGGUGAAGUCAACCGAGCACGGUACAUGCCACAAAACCCUGUAAUUAUUGCGACGAAAUCGCCUAGCGCUGAGGUGUUCGUCUUCGAUUACACCAAGCACUCCUCUGUACCCAAGGACAAUCAGUGCAAACCUCAGCUGCGACUUCGUGGUCACACCAAGGAAGGUUAUGGAUUGUCAUGGAACCCGAACAAACAGGGACAUAUCCUUUCCGCAUCCGAUGAUAUGACAGUAUGCCUUUGGGAUGUACAAGCAAACGAGGUCAGUGCUGGAUAUCUGGACGCAAAAACAAUCUUCAAAGGUCAUACUGCAGUGGUUGAAGACGUCGCUUGGCAUGUGCUACAUGAAGCAGUUUUUGGUUCUGUUGGCGAUGAUCACAAACUGAUGAUCUGGGAUAUCCGUGGAAGUCAGCCUGCACACACCGUCGAUGCUCACUCGGCUGAAGUCAACUGCUUGUCGUUCAAUCCUUACUCAGAAUUUAUCCUCGCCACUGGAAGUGCUGAUAAGACUGUUGCCCUUUGGGAUUUGCGAAACAUGAAGCUCAAAUUGCAUUCAUUUGAAUCACACAAGGACGAAAUCUUCCAAGUGCAAUGGAGCCCGCAUAAUGAGACGAUUUUGGCUAGCAGCGGAACCGAUAGGAGGCUUCAUGUCUGGGAUCUGUCGAAGAUUGGUGAGGAACAGAUUCCUGAGGAUGCUGAGGAUGGCCCGCCUGAGCUUCUUUUCAUCCACGGUGGUCACACAGCAAAAAUCAGCGACUUUUCUUGGAAUCCUAAUGAGCCAUGGGUAGUAUGUAGCGUUUCGGAGGAUAACAUCAUGCAGGUUUGGCAAAUGGCAGACAAUAUAUAUAACGAAGGAGAAGAAGAAACACCUGCUGAGCAACUGGAGCGAUAAUUUCUUUGACUCCAUCGUUCUUAUCUUUCUAACAGAAGCUUCCAUUUUUCAACUUUCCGGUUACUGUAAUUGUUGUAAUUGUUUUCAUUUUGUGUGGAAUCUACGGAUACAUGUACAAGCAUCUCAAUUUGUGUAUCUAAGUAGAAGUACAAUGUAAUUUUUCCUGUAAUUGAAGUACAUUGCAAAAGGUGGUCUGUAUGUUAAUGAUUGUUGGCAUAAACAUAUUCACUUUUCA